CUCACUGUAGAUGGAUGUAGCAGAGUUUAGGUUCAGUGUGUCUCUCUCAGCUUUAAAGCUCACCUUUAUGCUGCUUUUCGCUCUCACACCUGUUGAAGGUCAGUUACAUGUGGUUGGAUCUCCUCAGCCUAUCGUAGCUGCUCCAGGUGAUGAUGUCAUCCUGCCGUGUCACGUAGAGCCAAAGUUUAACGUGGUGGGACUGACGGUGGAGUGGUCGAGGCCUGAUCGUAAUAUGGAAUAUGUACAUCUAUACAGGCACAACAGGGAGAUGACGUACAUUGGGAGGACGGCGUUGUUCACAGACGGCCUGAGAGAAGGAAACAUCUCACUAAGAAUCACUAAUGUGACACAAGAAGAUGAAGGAAGAUACAAAUGUUUCAUCCCAAAGUUAAAGAGUCAAACAAAGUCUUUAAUUGUUCAUCUGAUUGUUGCUAAAACUGUGACAACAGAGACACCACUGCAUCCUGAAACUCUCCAAACUCCUAAUCUGGCAGAAGAGUUUCACAGUAAAGGUGGUUUGUCCCGUCGGAGCCGACUGAUCCCAUUUGGGGUCAGCGUUUUUUUUAUUGUGCUCUGUGUCACAGUCGCAGGAUGUUGGUUCGCUGAGUCAAAGUGUCAAAAAACAGAUGUAAAAGACUUGAAUCUUUGAUUUUAUGCAUUUGCCUCAUGGCUGAAGGAUGGAAAUGAAGGAAAACUGUGUGUCUGUUCUUUCUUACUCCAGCUUGCGAGUGCAGCUUCAUAGGUGACUCUUGGACAAAUUGGAAACAUUAACAGAGGUGAAAGCAUCACCCACUUCACUUAAUUUUUUUGUUGAAGGAUUCAAAGCAACAACGUUUCCAGCCUCAUGUGGAUACGGCGGAUCUGCAGCAGGAGCAUUUCACAAUGUCCUGUAAUUUGUUUGGAGUCACGCUGAACCUCUGGUUUAAACAAGACAGUUAACAUACAGAAACAACAACAACCAUCAUUGAUGCCAAAGUUGACUUCUGGGAUCAAACUUCAAAAGCGUGAAGUGGUCUGCUGUAGAGCAUUUCGUGACUGUUUGAGCAAAUCUUCUGUCCAAGUUACUUUCAUGUGAGGAAACCUGUACAAGGACACAGAGAAGCAUUUAGGACGACGUUCUUUUCUGUGUUUUGUUUUGCUG